CCGUCUCUCUCCUCUAUCUCCCCCAGGUGGGCCCCGCUGCCUCCCACGUCUCCCACCUCUCACUCUUUGUUCGCGACUCGCCCGCCUCCGCUACCUGCGAUCUUCUUGUUGGCGAGAUCUCCCCUCCUCCGUCUCGGCUCUCCCAUGGAUCUGGUCGCGGCGGCCGCCGCCGCAAUCCUCGUGCUCCUCGCCGUCGCUGUGGCGGUUCCAAGAACGGCGGCCUCGAUCCACGCCUAUGAUCUCGAGCCCUUCAGGGAGGUCGGCAACUCCGUCCUCCUCUCCGGCGGCAGCGAAGGGAUCGUUGCGUCGGACCCCGAUGCUCGUGGCCCCUUUCGGAUCGAGGAUGGCCGUGCUUAUAUCAAGUUUGACAAUAUCACGUUCUGGAGGAGUAAAGAAUCAGCCGAACAGCACUCAAACAUGGGGCACAGCACAGGAUUAAUCCAGGCUAUUAUAUUUGAAGCAUCUGACCGUGAUAACAUUGGUGGAUCUGCUUACGGGGGGCAAAGGUCCAUAUGUUGCACCCCUGAUCUUGCUAAGCUUGAAGGAUGCAAACAAGGUGAAGUCAUCAGAAGACCAUCCUCCGUGGAUCCAAAUUGGCCUGUUAUAUUAAGCACGCACUUCAGGGCAGAUUACAUAUUCACAAAGAUGGAUCCUAAUCAGGUUAAUAUAACAAAGACUGGAAUGUAUAACUUGUUCUUUAUCUCUUGUGAUCCUAAGCUAAGGGGACUGACAAUGAGUGGGAAGACAAUCUGGAAAAACCCUGAUGGUUACCUGCCUGGGAGGAUGGCACCGCUAAUGAAAUUCUACUUCUUCAUGUCUAUGGCAUAUCUGGCACUCAGUUUCAUUUGGUUUGCUCAGUACAUUAGAUUCUGGAGGGAUAUCUUGCCUCUUCAGAAUUGUAUUUCAUUAGUUAUAGCUCUUGGCCUGUUUGAAAUGACUCUUUGGUACUUUGAGUACUUAAAUUUCAAUGACACUGGUGUGCGACCUAUUGGAAUAACCACUUGGGUUGUGACCGUUGGGGCUGUCAGAAAAACUGUUUCACGUCUUCUUAUUCUUACGGUUUCUAUGGGUUAUGGUGUUGUUCGGCCAACACUUGGAGGUCUUACAUCCAAGGUGCUUCUUCUUGGAGUAACAUAUUUUUUGGCAUCAGAGUUACUCAGUAUCACGGAAAAUGUUGGGACAAUCAAUGACAUUUCUGGCAAAGCAAAAUUGCUCCUUGUCCUUCCUGAUGCAUUUCUGGAUGCUUUCUUGAUUCUUUGGAUCUUUACUUCUCUUUCACGGACAUUAGAAAAGCUGCAGGCUAGGAGGAGUUCUGUGAAGUUAGAUAUAUACCGGAAGUUUACGAACGCAUUGGCUGUUGCUGUGAUUGCUUCAGUCUCUUGGAUUGGAUAUGAGGUUUAUUUCAAAGCAACAGACCCCUUCAGCGAGAGAUGGCAGAGUGCAUGGAUCAUUACUGCUUUCUGGGACAUUCUUUCCUUGGUGCUGCUCUGUGUCAUGUGCUAUCUGUGGGCACCAUCUCAAAGCUCUCAAAGAUAUGCUUAUUCGGGUGAAGCUGGCGAAGACGACGAAGAAGCACAAUCUCUUACAAAAGGGACUUCUGAUGGCAACAUUGGAUUGGUGAAGCUCGAUAAAAAGGAAAGGAAUGCAGAUCAUGCCGAUGCAUUUAGUCUUGAAGAUGAGGCGGAAGAGGACAAGCUGGAGUAGAUUCUCCUUGUGUACAUUGUUCUACCCUAUGAAGAUUGUUGCAGCAGCCAAACAAUCAUCACCAUCCUUUCGAGCAGAAGGUGCAUGGAGAAAAGUCUACUCUAUUUGUGUUCCCUUUUUUUUUACCUCUUCUUUCUGGUUUGCUACUACUAGCUGAGGCAGGAGGAUUGGCAGUAUGGAAAUCAUGACUUGCUGUUUGUAACGAUUUGGUGUAGAUCGGGGGAACUAUGAUUUUGAUGGGUGGAGGUUUAUGUUGUGGUUGGAUCUUUAAAGUUCGUGCUUAUUGAUGGUGCUUUAGGCAA